AUGGCUGAGCUUCCAAACCUCGGACGACACUGUGGCGCAGAGCUUUGUAAUUUGUUAGAUUUCCUUCCGAUCCGAUGUGAUGCAUGUUCUGGAACAUUUUGCCUGUCGCACUACACCUACGAAGGACAUAACUGUAAAAAUGCUUACAAAAAGAAUGUGCAAGUACCCACCUGUCCUCUGUGUGAUAAACCUGUGCCUACCCCAAAAGGAGUUUCUCCAGAUGUACAAGUAAAUGAGCAUAUUCAAAACAAUUGUGCUCAAGGUGCAAAGAAGAAAAUCUUUGCGAACAGAUGCACCGUAAAAGGGUGUAAAAAGAAAGAGCUUGUCCCCAUCACUUGUCCCUCAUGCCACCAGAACUUCUGCCUUGGUCAUCGCCACGAGAUAGAUCACAACUGCACACAAGUCAAGGGCAGUCCUGCUCUCUCAAGAGCUGCAGCUGCUGCUAUGGCGAGAAACCAAGGAGGACAAAAUUGUGCUAGCCAAGCGAGGAGUUCGGUACGUUUUUGCAUUGAAUUCGUUUUUUGUUGGUGGUGA